UAUUUUUCCCUUUCAGGUGAGAUGUCUGAAAAGUUAAGUAGGUGCCGUAAGGAGCUAGCAGCAGCUAUUGAUCGAGCAAUGGAAGAUCUCUCCAUUCCUUUCCUUCCUUCCCAAGAUGCCAGCAACAACCAGGACUCUGAUUUGCCAAUAGUGCAACUUUCUACACCCCCUAAUGUAGAUAUCUUUAAUUCUAAGGGAGAGGUAAUAUCUCCAACUGUGUAUUACCCCCAGCCAUCUUCAGCGGUCUCUUCUCCUGAAAAAGAGAAUCCCCUCCUUAGGUCAAAUCUCUUUCCAGUGACGGUAACCUCGAGUAUUGCAUGUACCAAACGGGAACCGUUGAUGAGUAAGGAAAAUACAUGGUUGCACUCCCCAAUCUUUAUGGCUGACAAGCAGUAUUUAAUCAGCCUACAAGACAGUGAGAGAUGGAAGAAAGGACAAGUAAGCAAAACUGAUGAACGAUCCAUGAAGUCAGAAACAAACCUAAUUUCCUGUGAUGUUCCUCCAGAAAAUCCAAAGGAUCAUGAAGAUAUGUCUGCUGGUAAGCAACAUUUCCUCUGUUCCAUAGCUCUUUUUAAAAAUUGGAUCUGGAUCAAACAAUCAGCUUUUUAUGCACUUUUCCCCCCCACUGCAGAUGACUCCUCAGCUGUCCAUCUGGGUGAGAGGAACACUUUCAGAAAGGUCCUAGAACACAGCCCAGAAGAUGAAGCUAUCAUUGAAACCUUGUUGGAUAUGGAAGAGGAGUACAGAUUAAACAGCUCCACCUUGCACCAGCUUCACUAGGCAGGUGGUGUAAAGUGUGAGCUAUUUUUAAGAUUUGGUAGUAACAUUUUAAACCAUGCAAGCAAUCCUGACUUUUGCCAGAUGCACAAUUAAAGUAAGCAACUUACAAUAUUGGCAUGAAGUUUCUUUUUUCUUCUCUGUCAGAUAAUGAACAGUAAUUAAAUGCUUUACCCUUCAAGGUAAGUUUCCAUUGUAAAAAAGAUACUCCAUAUAAGCCUUCUUGUGACAUAAUGAUUUUGUAAAUUUUUGCCAAACAGCAAACGUGCAUGUCUUUAAACGAGAAAAAACAGGUUUGAAUCAUGGGAUGAAUUUCACAGAAGGAAACACAGAAGACAUAAACACUAAUAACAAAUCUGACUGGUGGUGAAGUAAAAUAAUCUAUUUCUUAUAUCUAAAAAUUCAUUAAUGGUAGGAACUUGUGCAUCUAGAGUUGAUGAAUUACUCAAUGGUUUUCUCUGGGGAAGCAAGCUGCAUGUGUGCUUUCAUGUGAGACAGGAAAGAAAGGAGAGAAAAAAUUGUGUAAUUCAUCAUGAUCGUAAAUAUAUAGUUUAAAAGAACAUUCCUCCAUCCUCUCUAAACAGCCUCAAAUUUUUAUUUGGAAUGAAAUUAAAAGAUUUGGUAGGUUUUUAGCUUUUACAUGUUAUCAUAGCCGUUUUAGGGGUAAAAUAAUAUUAUUGACCAUUGAAGAAAACAGUAGGCAUCAAGAUGUUCCUUAUCAGAUGAUGAUGAUUAUAAGAAAUAUUAUUCUAUUUUGUUUUUGGCAAAAAAUAGGCCAUGCGUUAAGGGCAUAAAUAUUUUCAGCAGUUCAAGUAAGGUCCACUUUUGUAAGGAGCAUAUACAAAUACCAGCAUAAUUUAAGUGGAAAUAUUGUUACCUUAAAAUUAUGUCAACAAGGGAACCAGGGAAUGUUCUAUCCAUACACAUAAUUCUAAUGUUAUCCACAUCCAGCAUGGGAAAAGGCUAUUCUGUAUAUGGUGCAUUACCUAUAGUUUGGUUUCUAGCUCAAUCAUUGGCAACUGUUGCAAUUGACUUCUUGUGACCUGUCUCUCUUCAUACAAAGCAAAUACAGGUAAGUCCUUGAUUUAUGACUGGUCGUUUAACGUGGUUCAAUGUUCCAGCAGACCUCCCCCAAGAGAUUUACAACUCUGUUCUAACA